UGCUCGGCACUUCCGCUUUAGUUGUUUCUUCAUAAGCAGUAUGGGUCUUUUAUAUGUACCUGUGAAAGAAGACGAGCUUGACAUAUUGUAUAGAUACAUGUCUAUAUGAAAACUAACAUGCCACCAAAGAGAAAAGCUGCUUCAACUUCUGAAGAUUCAUCACCAACUAAAAAGGCAAAGGUUACCAAGACAACAACUGCUCAGAGGAAGAAAUCAACAAGCCAAAAACCGAAGCAAAAUAAAAAGACAAACAAAACUAAACCAAUAGAAAAGAAGGCACAAUCUAAAUCUAAAGAAAUUAAGGCAACCUCCAAAGCAAUGGAAACUAAGGCAAAUUCCAUACCCAAAGUAUCGAAGGGAAAAUCCAAACCAAUAGAAAAAAAGGCAAAAUCCAAAGGAAAGGACAGAAAGACAUCUGGAAAUACUGUUACAAAUGCAAACUCCUCAGCUAAUAGUAAAACUGCAGCUAAAAAUUCAGACUUGAACUUGGUUUCGUAUAUUAAAGAUGCUGGGUGGGCAUCUGCAUUGAAAGAAGAAUUUCAGAAGGAUUAUUUUAAUGAUUUAGAAGUUCUGUUACAGAGUGACUAUAAAAAAGGUGUACAAGUUUUCCCACCAAAAGAUUUGAUAUUUAAUGCUUUUAACAAGACACCACUUGACAAGGUGAAAGUUGUGAUAUUAGGACAAGAUCCUUACCAUGACGAUGGGCAGGCUAUGGGUAUGUCUUUCUCUGUACCAGAUGGAAUACGUCUUCCUCCUUCUCUGAAGAACAUCUACAAAGAGUUGGUAAAUGAUCAAAAUAUAAAGAACUUUAAUGUAGAACCCAACACAGGAUGUCUAGAGAAGUGGGCAGAAAGAGGGGUGUUGUUGAUUAAUGCUACCCUCACAGUAGAAGCUCACAAACCAAAUUCUCAUGCCAAGUAUGGAUGGCAAACCUUUACAGAUAAUGUCAUCAGAAUCAUCAGCAGUAAAUGUUCAGGUGUAGUUUUUGUGCUCUGGGGAAACUUUGCUCACAAGAAGGAGAAACUGAUUGAUUCAUCUAUACAUUCUGUAAUAAAAACAGCUCAUCCUUCACCGCUCUCAUUCAAUAAAUGGCUGGGCUGUAAAUGUUUUUCUAAUGUAAAUGCACAACUGAAGAAAUGGAAUAAAGAAGAAAUAAAUUGGACACUGUAAUUUUAUAAUAUUAAUUUGAGGGAUAUUUUAUUUAAGAAUUUUGUAAUUUAUUUGUUAGAUAUAAGAGACAUCAAAACAUAUAAAGUCUAUUUAUUUAUGCAAUGUGAUGGAUUGAUGUGAGAUUGCCAUUACCUUUGACCUUAGAGGUCUAUUAAUUUAGUAGUUCGUAACAUACUGUAACAUUUACAAUUGUUAUCAUAUUAGAUAUUUUUUUCCUGUUAAUUAAGCUUACUUAGUUUUUUUUAUCUAUUAUUCAGAUUCUUUUUCAAUAAGAUUAUGAAGGUAUUGAUUAUCCAUAUUAAUAUCAUUUACAUUUGCUUACGAACUAAAAAAUUGGAUCUUAUAUUGAAUAUGCAAAAUGAUGGAGGUUAUUCACUUUGAAUGAUUAAAAAAUCAUAUUUUGUUUAAGAUUAUAUCUCCAAAAAUAUUUUGAAUAGAAAACAUUGAUUAUUCUGUCCAACACUUUUAAACAAAAACAAUAAUAGAUUUGUUUUACUAAAUUGCAAAAAUAUAUGGUGUUUUUUCUUGUUGAAUGAUUUUUAUAGUAAAAAUUAUUUGAAGGUUUUUGUCCUUCGAUUGCAUUAACUUUGCAAUUUUUGGUACUGAACUCGUGUAUAGAAUUGCAAAUUAUUUUCAUAGAAAGUGUUUUUCUCUCAAAGUUUACAAAAGUUUGUGUUUACAGUCAUAUAUUGCAAACCUUAACUUUCAAUCUAGCCAUUUACCAAUGAAAAGAAGAUCAUUAGUUUACUGAUUUUUUGGGGUGAUAUUUAAUAGUACAAGAACCAGUUCCUGUGGUUUGUUUUAUCCAUUAAGUGAUAAAACAGAUCUUUGUUUUUAUAUCACAUUUUGUAUUGUAAAGUAAGAAGAAGAAAACUGUUUAACAUGUACAAAACACACUAGUUCAUGAAUUUUGAAGAUAUAAAUCUGACAUUUAAAGGAAUGAAUAUGUGACUUCAAAUCCCUUUAAAAUAUACAAUAUGCACUGUAUAGUAUAGAAUUGUUAAGUUUAACUUAAGGUUAUAUACUUACUAUAACUCUUUGGUAAACAAUUAAAUUUUGUAGUAACCUUAGAAAAAUAAUUUUACUUUUUUGACAUCAAGAACUUAUAAAGAAGAUAUGUUAUAUGUCAUUCCUGCAUGCCUAGUUUCUUAGAAUGCAGUCAGAAAUAGAUUUGUUAAUAUUUUGUCUAUUUGGAAAUAAACAAAAGUGAAUCAUCACACCGGAUAAUCCCAGUCUGAAAUACCCAGAGGGAUCUGAAUCCUGAUUAGCAAUUAUUUUUUGUUUAGUGCAAUUCGUAAGUAAAAUCUGAAUCCAAUUCCCACAAAGGAUUAUGCUCCGUGGGAAUCGUAUCCAGAUAUAACUUACCUAGCAUUUGUUUUUUUUCAUAGUGUGUUCUGUAUAGUCCUUUUUAUCAUCAAAGGAAGGUAUCUUAGAUUAUGAAUUGAACAAAACAAAGUAGGAAAGCUGACAGCCAUAUAAGUACAGUCACCUUUAGAAAUGUGAAAUUCAUAUUUUUCAAAGCAAACUUUGAAUUCAGUGAAGGCUUUUUGCAUUAAUUCUUGGUGAAUUCACACAUGGAUUUCAAUAUUUAGUAAGUGUUUUAUUGAACAUUUGUGGAGUUAUAUCCAUUUAGAAAAAUUUGACCCUCAAAAUAUGAAUAACAUUAGAUUUUAAAUUUGUACGCUCUUUUGUGGUCUCGUGUAAUAGACCACUUUUGAUUUCGUUGCAUUUUCGUCAAAAACUUUUUUUUUAGUGAACAUCAGUCGUGCAUUUAGGGGCAUUGUUACUUCCUUCCCAUGUUCAGCAAGUGGUUGAAAAAAUAUGAUGCUAUAUUGCAAGAAUUAUUCAGCAAAUUAAGUUCUUAUAAUUGAUAAUCAGCACUGCUGUCAUUAGGGAAUUGUGAUUAAGUACCUACGGAACAAACAUUACUUCUAGCUUAUCCUGCAUUAUGAGGAUCACAAAGAUGCUUAAUGAAGUUUAAUAGUGCAGGGAUACAGGCGAUCCCCUCUAUCUGGUAAAUGAUGUCAUAAAGGCAUGCACAAUUGACAAACUUUUCCGGUGAAGGACAUAACUCAAAAGUGGUCUAUUGCUCCUCAGGAGUGGGGACCCUCCCCAGAAUUAGGAUCAGGAUAACCAGUGUGAUCAUGUGACUUCUUAAGAAUGAAAGAUGAAACAUUGUGACUGAUACUAGUAUAUUAAAUUAACUGUGUAUAUAGCAGUUUUCAAGUUAACAUACUUUUAUGUCAUCAUGCAUACACAUUUUGUUAUAAGAAUGUUUUAUUGUGGUUUUUUCUUAACUUUUUAUAAUACUGUUUUAUUUUCAUUGAUUUCUGGUUAAGUUAUCUCUGUUUAAGAGAUUUGUUUUAUUUUAUUGAUUAUAUUGGUAAAUUUUACACACAAUCAUAUUUUAGAAACAUUUACAGCAUAAUUUAAUUUGUGAUAGACAUUAAAGUGAUGGUAUAUACAUUG